AUGGCUCUGGAUGCUCUGUAUCCUGUUGCGCAAGCAAGCGGCGAGAUCGUGAAUGUUCAUAUCCUUGCUGUGAUCAAGGGGUGCGUUGUCUCCCAUGGAUACGUUGCCCUAAUGGAGGCGACCGUGGAAUAUUCGGUGCCGUCGUCUUCACUGCGCUUUGUGACGCAGGACUCGGGUGUGUUCGCGAUUAAGAGCCACCGCCUCCAGCCAUCUGCUGGAGACUCUCAAGCGUGUCGGUUGUAUUCAACUACGAAGAUCCAUUCAAACCAGCGCUACAAACCAGAGGUUAGUCGAAGAACCGUUGAGGCCGACCUCGCGAUCUCGUCACUGCGCAAAUUCGUGAACACACGACACCAGUUUUUGGACAACAUGGUGCUGCUAAACGGACGAUAA